UCGCCGUUCCAAUUGACCAGAAUUCGCGACUUGCCGGCCUCAGCAAAUGUUGACACAGUCACACUCUCGGACAUUCUUGGAGAUCCUAUGAUCAAAGAGCAAUGGCAAUUCAACUUCCUGUUGGACAUUGAUUUUAUUAUGAGCCACCUUGACGAAGAUGUCCGUGAUACGGUGAAGACCAAAAUUAUCCAUGGCUUUCACAAGCCGAACAACCCUUCUCGACUCAAUCUCGAAGCCACAGCAAAGAAGUAUCCGAACGUUGAAACAAUGCAUAUCUGGUUACCUGCCUAUGGAACACAUCACUCCAAGAUGAUGAUCUUGAUUCGACAUGACGAUACCGCACAGAUCAUCAUCCAUACGGCCAACAUGAUUACCCAAGAUUGGACAAAUCUCACCCAAGCAGUCUGGCGGUCACCACUUCUACCUUUAUCCGGUACAGACGACGAGACUUUAGUAGCUCCCAUAGGCUCUGGUGCUCGGUUCAAACGAGAGCUGCUCAGCUAUCUGCAAGGUUACAAGAGCAAGUUCAGAGAUCCUACCCGUCCUCUGAUUGACCAGCUCAAACGAUACGAUUUUUCGUCUAUCAAGGCUGCCCUCAUUGCCAGUGUGCCGGGCAAGCAGCAAAUCGGCUCUGAUACCGCCGACAACAAACAAAGUCUUUGGGGUUGGCCUAGUCUAGAGCAAGUCCUGAAAGAAGUUCCGGCGACUACACCAGCAAGCAGGGCUCAGAUCAAUGUCCAGAUAUCAUCGAUCGGUACCUUGUACGAAAAAUGGUUGAAUGGCUUUUUCGAUGUUCUAAGAACGACUACUACUGGGCAACGACCAAGGUCAGAACCAGCAUCGGUUCGGGUCAUCUUCCCUACUGCUGAUGAGAUCCGUCGCUCGUUAGACGGCUACCAAUCUGGAAGCUCGAUACAUAUGAAGCUGGACUCGGACGUACAGAAAAAGCAGCUGAGCUACAUGAAGCCUCUGCUGUGCACUUGGGCAGGUGACACAAACGGAGAGCGAAACAGCGUGCAACAAGCAGGUCGCCGUCGUGCUGCGCCACAUAUCAAGACCUUUAUCAGAUUCUCUGACAGCGACUGCAACAAGAUCGACUGGACUUUAGUGACAUCAGCGAACCUGUCGAAACAGGCUUGGGGAGAAAUGGCAAACAAGAAUCGAGAAGUCAACAUCUCGAGUUUCGAGAUUGGUGUCCUCGUGUGUCCACAGUGGCUUGCUGACAAGGAAGAGAAAGCGUCUAUGGUGCCUGUCUUCAAGAAAGACGACCCUGACGUGGACGCCACCUUGGUAGGGGUCGACAGAAUGAUUGGUGUGAGAAUGCCAUACGAUCUGCCACUUGCACCUUAUGCUACCAACGAGGUGCCAUGGUGUGCAGAAAGGUCCCACAAUGAACCCGACUGGAAGGGCGUUAUGUGGCAAACGUAC